ACAAAUGACUCUUGUUCUAGUCGAUCUUUCACAUGGAAAUGGCAGAACAAGUGCUUGGUCUAUGUGUAUUUAUACGCGGCAUAACUUUGAUAUUGAGCCAUACAGCACGACAGACGGCAAUUAAGCGCGUGAAGCAUUGCGCUAUGUAUCGUUUUGCGCGCGUCUAUCACGUUCGACGUUUUGAAAAACCCUAUUAAAGGAGAUGGAUAAUAAUUUGUAGUUGUGUAAUUCCGAUGUCGUUUCGAGUCUAUGGGAGGGCAAUAAAUUAUUGCUGAAUUUUGCAACGCAUUUUAUUUCAUUUGGUAAUACUGCAAACUAGUUCAAGUUUUCAAGCAGGAUUUAAAUCCGGCUCCGAUCAGAUCGACACGAUUGCAGCUUGUCAACCGUUGGUCAGGCAUAUUAGACAUAUUUAGGAUACGCAUGAUGGCGUUGGCGUUACGAAGGCACACAUUCGAAGGCGUUAAGCCAAUUGUUCGUGAUCAAUUGUUGGCUUCAAUAGAGAGGGCUUAACCCGGAGUUAUCAAGCGUUGGAAUGAUAUAAAGACAAUCGAAACGGUACGAAAUUUACCAUUCGCGAACACUCGUCAGCUUGUGAACGUUUCAACUUAGCCACAGCAAUCAAAAUCAUCAUGCAACAGAAGCUAUACAUUCUUCUGCUCUGCGCUGUAGCAGUUGCGAAUGCUGCUAUAUUGCCAGUUUUGCAUCAUUCCUACGACAAGCAGCCCCCAGUAGAGUAUCUUUUCGAGUAUUCUGUAAAUGAUGCUCAUACCGGUGACGUAAAGCAACAGCACGAAGAACGCCACGGCGAUAAGGUGACUGGACAGUACAGCCUUAACGAUGCGGACGGAUAUCGACGUGUGGUGGACUACUCUGCCGACGAGCAUACGGGCUUUGUGGCUAACGUACAUCGUGAACCAAUUAAAGGACUCCAUGUGGUUAGCUCACCCAAGAAAGCAGAGGUAGUUCCGGUGGUAAAGCUUGUGAAAUCGAUCUCUUUGGCCCCGGCCGUACAUCUCAUCGAGCCGGUUCACCAUGUUAUUUCACCGCAUCAUGUAAAACUGCAUCCGAUUGCUCCGCUGGUUCAUGUGCAGAAAGCGAUAGUGCACGCGGACAAGCAUGGAAACAGUGUACACUCGCAUACUAGCUUCAAAAGUGGCAACGUAAGCUAUCAGUAUUGAACACCUGUUGCGAAAUUGUAAAUUGUUAACCAGCAACCAAUAAAAUGUUGUAC